GAAAUUGAGUCAAACGUGGGCAUAGGGGAACUCUCUUGAGUGCGCCAAGCACCGGGACUCUGCCCACCUAUGUCUCCGGACCCGGGCAGAACGAUGGCAGUCUUUCCGCAAUUCGGACCGGAUCCCGGUACUUCACUGCUCCAGCAAUGCCAGUACAUUAUCGACCGCAUCACGGUCCUGCUCGAUGAGCUGGAGCAGCUCAAGGCUGCCAUAGAGAGGCGGCCGGCGUCGGGACAUAAACCUGUGGCGUGGAACCAGGCCGUCCCGGGGCUAGGCUUCUUUGAGCGGCUUCUUGUGUCUGAGAAGAAGCACCUUGAGAAGAUGGUGGCGGCGUAUGAUGUGACUGAUGGUGAGGCAGAGAUUGAUACCGAGGCGCUGGAUAGUAGGAUCCGGCUGAGGCUUGAUGCGUCGAAUUAUAAGUUUUACGAGACGGUGUGGGAGGUUACGAAGAGGUGUUGUGAGCUUACGGGGAUGAGGAGGGAGUUGAGCUAUAAGACUGUUGGGGGGAAGAGCGUGAGUGCCGUGAUUGAUUUGGUUGUGAAUGGUGGCGCGGACUGGGUCAAGGUUGUUACUACGACGGAGCGGAGGCUGUUUUACGAGAUGGCGGACGCGGGGUGGGAUUGGGAGGAGGAUUUUGAGGAUGAGAGCGCAGAUGAGGCCAUGUUGGAGGUGUUGAGGGAUGAGACGGAGGAUAGUAUCGAGGUGGCCAAGGUUGCGCGGCAUAUGGUUGCUGUGGCGAGGACGUCGUAUCGGGAUUAUCGACGGCCGAGGGUGAGGAUACUCAUGUCGAGGGUGUCUGAGGGGGAGAACGAAGCUGUGGAUCAUUUGUUGAGGUUGGUGCGGAAGAUGGGCGGCGAGGACGUGGAUCUCGUCGUUGAGACCGCCAAUGGUCCCGGGAUCCUGACGGAAGCUACGCCCGCGUUGGAGGAGGCGAUUGCGAAUCUGGUGGAGGCGGAUUAUUACAAGGAUUUCACGACGACGGUGAAUGUGGAUUGUUCCGUCUUCAUGGCGUUGGCGUCGGAUUUCAGUCACAUGGCGAUUGGGCCCGAGUCGGAGCUGUUGCGGUCGAAGCAGCAUCGGAUCGACGCGACGGAUGAGGUGGAGAAUGGGCCGCGGUUGGUGAAUACGCUGUACCCUGCCAUCACGGGCCGGACGCUGGUUUGUACAAGAGAGGCGGCGGAUACGUUUCUCAAGAUUGUGGGGGAGAUUGGGACGGACGAGGAGCAGGCGCGGACGAGGAUCUUGUUUGAGCCGGGCGAGGCUGCUGGACCUGAGGGGAGUGAUCGAGAUCGAGCAAGGCGGGUUAGGGAGUUGCAGGAACUUUCUGUUCAUCAUGUCCCCGAGGACCUACGUCUUCCCGUGCAGAUUGUGGACUCUGUCUCGUGGGACGAUGCGCAGCGGAUGGUCACGGAAGGCGACCUCCCCGCCGUAGCGCUGGCUGUCGGGAAGAAGGGGUCCGGGUUGAAUGCGAUGAACGUCUCGUCCUUCUUGUACGGGUGGAAGGCCAAGUUGACGACGGUGACGUCGAAUUGGGAGGCGGCCAAGAGGUUGAGGACUGUGAUUGAGACGAACCGGGUGACGGGGACGGAAGUUGGGCCGCAUAUUGGGCGGAUACCGUUUUCGAGAAAGUUGCUUGCGAAGCCCAAGGUGACGCCGGGUGGCGAGAAGAAGAAUGUGGAUGGUGAGAGCUGGAGGUUGAAGACGAGGCAGGAGAGGAAGGUUGAGAAGGAGGCGAGUUUGCAGAGUUGGAUUGCGAGUGAGGGGCCGGAGACGAUGGCGAAGAUUACGAUGGAUGAGGGCAAAUGAAACCCAGCUUGUCUUUGCAUUGUCGCCCAUCCCACCAACUCUCAGAAUCAACACAGUCUAUCAUCCUACGGGCCCCAGGACGACCCUGAAACCAGGAGUUUUGGUCCC